CCCAAAGUACCAUCUCUAAUGGCUCGCAUUGUUUACAUUUUGUUGGCACGCUAAAAAAUAAUAGAAACCCGUUGGAUAUAAAAGUAAUUCCCGUGGCCCAGCCAAGCCUCAGUUUUACAUGAGCUGCAGACGACAGUGGUACGUAUCCGGAGGCCCAAGGAGCGCCAUUGGAGGCCAUCGGACAGUUUCCCCUACGAAUUUGCAGCCACAUUUCUGGCGUGACUGCGGCGCAUUAAAUCACCGGCCAAAUCGCGGCGACGAACAACAACCGGAAGUGCAGCGCGAAAGGAGCAACUGGUGGCCAUACACAUGGAGGUUUACGCCUGGGGUGCCAAUUCUCACGGCCAGCUCGGCCUUGGCUUUGAGUCUGAAUUGUGCAUGACACCGCAGCGGGUGACCAAGUGCUCCUUCGCCGCCCCCCAAGUGCGCCUCAUUCGCGGCGGUGGCGGCCACGUCCUCAUCCUCGACUCAAAUGGCAGGGUUCACUCCUGCGGCUGGAACAAUCGUGGUCAACUGGGACUGGACUCCAUGGAGGACUGCCACAACGAGUUCCGGAUGAUUCCCACCGAGUACUUUGGGGACGUACCUGUGGAGACCAUCAGUUGUGGCUGGGACAUUUCCGGAGCAAUUACGCUGACCAAACGCCUAUAUGUCUGGGGCUCGAAUGCCUUCCAGCAGUUGGGGAUUUGCCAGCGUGGAUUUAUAGCGGUCAGAAAGCCCAUGCCAGUGAAACUGCCUCGAGAUGAGCUCGCCCAGAGGAUUAGCUUUGGCAUGAGGCAUUGUGCGGUACUCACCAAGGACAACAAGAUCUAUGUGUUCGGAAGACUCAAGAUCAUGGAUCCACCGCCCAUUGAACUGGAUAUUACGGCCACCUGCCUGCACCGCUGCAACACGGUGAAGAUACAGGUCCACAAUCCCAAUGAACUGCGAAUUGUUUCCAUUUCGAGUGGCCAGAAUCAUAUGUUGCUCAAGUGCGUGGAUACUAGCGAUUCGGGUGGCGGCAGCACCAAGCGAAUCCUCACCCUAGGAGAUAAUAAAUUUGGGCAAUCCAAUGCCUUCCAAUUCGAGGAGGAUGUGCGCCAAUUGGCCGUGGGUUGGACUCACAAUGCGGCAGUGCUAAAAAACAACGAGAUCCUUGUGUGGGGUCGCAAUUGCUAUGGUCAGUUGGGAACUGGUUCCUUCAGCGAACAGCAGGCUUUCCCUACACCGCUACACCUUAAACUUCCGGAGGACCAGAGCACAGCAAGGAUUCACAUGGGAGCCGAGCAUGGGCUGCUGAGAACCACAAGUGGAGAAAUCUACACCUGGGGUUGGAACGAACACGGAAAUUGUGGCAACAAUAGCACCGAAAACUUAUGCACCCCGACACUUUUACCACUGCCCCCAGUUAAAUUGUGCGGCGCUGGAGCAGGAUUUUGUUAUGCAAUUACAGAGCCUCUUACCUGACUUCCGACUUUAUACGCUUUUUUGUGAAUUUUAGCUUAGGUCAUAUUUGUAUAUUACUGUGUACAGCUUUGCUAACAAUUUUUAAAUAAAUAUAUUACUGUUGAUUUUGAAA